AUGGGUCGGCUCGACCGGAGUGAUACCACGGCCUCACAGGAAACCGGCGUGAAACAACCACAGCGUUGUUCGCCGUCGUCCGUGUACGGCUUCAGCGGCUUCCCGUUUGUCUUCAUGCUCUCGAUACUCACCAAGUUCGUCGGCAGGAGGAUACCCUUCCUGAUCGCAGUCCUCGAUACACUGGCUGCCUUCACCGUCCUGUACUGCAGCACAAGUAUCACACACAUACUAAUCAGUGAAAUCAUGCAAGGAUUGUUUAGUGCGUCACAAAUCGUCAUCACACUCAUGAUUCUCACAGAGUAUACUUCACCAAAAUACAGGGGUAUAUUUCUAACUGUUAAAACAGCUACCUUUUACUGGGGUAUUUGGGCCUCAAAUGCAAUUGGCACCUUCUUCCAUUGGAGGAAAAUUCCUUUGUUUGGAAUAGCAUGUUCCUUGUACACUAUAUUGACCGUUAUGAUCUGGCCAGAGUCUCCAUACUGGUUGGCUAGCAAAGGACGGUUCAAAGAAUGUGCAAUUUCACACCGAUCUUUAAAAGGUUGUGAUGAAGAAUCCGAGAAAGAAUUACAAAUGCUUAUAAAUUCCCAAAAAGAAUACAUAGCUAGUUGUGGAACUAAUUACAUGACCACUAAAGAAAGUAUCAUUGACUUCUUUAAAACAUUAAAAUCUAAGGAAUUUUAUAAACCAACGUUUCUAUCUACUGUAACUGGUUGUUUAGGAGUUUUCAGUGGGAAAUUGGUGUUUGCUGUGUACGCUAUAGAUAUUUUGAAGAAAAUUACAAACAUAUGCGGCGUAUAUAAUGAAGUGCGUCGCUGGUGUCGUUUCAAAAUGUCACUCCUGGGCCAGAUCAGUGCAUUGCUGAGACUUAGCUCCGGCUCGAUCUCAUGGUGGAUUAGAAGAAACGGCUCUUUCGAAGAAACGAAGAUGGUGCCCGCUGUUACCGUUGCAGAAACACUACUUGUUGAGAGAGAGUCCGCAUGGCACUGGCUUAAUGUGAAAAUUUCGGGAGGUGCGGUUUCGAAUUUCGCAAUCCCGGAACGGUAA